CUCUCAGUCACAGCCCAAGCCUUUGUCACCCUCGGCACCAAUGACCUCUAUUGUCAAGGAGCGUUAGUUCUCGGCAGAUCGCUAAGAAAUCAUAAAACAUCCCAUCAGCUGGUGGUCAUGGUGACGUCGGAGGUUACAAGUCGAAUGAGGGGAAUCCUCCAGGAAGUUUUUGAUGAAGUAGUUGAAGUGGAUGUCUUAGACAGCGCAGACACGGUACGCCUGUCUUUGUUGAAGAGACCAGAACUUGGGGUGACCUUCACCAAGAUCCAGUGCUGGACCCUUACACAGUACAUAAAGUGCGUGUACAUGGAUGCUGACACCAUCGCUCUCUGUAACAUAGAUGGGUUGUUUGACCGAGAGGAGUUCUCAGCUGCCCCUGACUCUGGUUGGCCGGAUUGCUUCAACAGUGGAGUGUUUGUGUUCAGACCAUCCAUGGAGACCUUUGGUCGGCUUCUUAAGUAUGCAGAAGAUCACGGCAGCUUUGAUGGAGGUGACCAAGGACUAUUGAAUAGUUUCUUUAGCAACUGGGCAACGGCGGACAUCAGCAAACACCUCCCUUUUAUCUAUAACUUGAGUAUCAGUUCUAUUUACACGUACUCACCAGCAUUUAAACAAUUUGGCUCCGAGGCGAAGGUGGUUCAUUUCAUUGGCACCCCUAAGCCCUGGAACUGUAAAUAUAACCCGCAAACCAAAUGGAUUGUAGAAGAUGAAUCUCUGAGUGGAAAUCAGCAUCUGUCAUUCCUGGUUCUCUGGUGGCAGACUUACAUAUCGGAUGUUCUACCGCUAUUAACAGAGCAGCAGGUGCCAGACGUUCCUGAGAAUAAGGUGAAUGUGAUUAGUAAUCGUUUCGUAUCGAAAAAAUUUGUAAGCCGAAACGCGGUUUCCCAUAGGAAUGCAUCGAAAACCAAUUAA